GCUAUUUACUAGUACUCUCAGCCUGUGCCUCGAGUCUUUGAUCCGAAGUGCUGCAGAAGACCAAAAUUUCCUUUCUUAGUUGUUGCAUGAAGAAGCUGUAUGCUUCUGGUCUAUCAUUUCAGGCCCAAAGCUUCUUUAACUUUUCCUACAUCAGCUAUGGCAUCACGUUCUAGACUCGCUGUUCUGGGCUUUAUAGCCUCGCUAUCUGAGUCUGUCCUCGGAGCACCGUUCGAAUCUUCUUCGAGGGUGUCUCACGAUAAGAGGGCAGAACUGCUGGCCAUCAACACGAACUUUCCUGAUCCAGCCAUCGAACAGGCAUGGGACGGCACAUGGUAUGCCUUUGCCACCACAGGCAACGGCUACAAUAUCCAGGUGGCCACGGCCAGCACACCAGACGGGCCCUGGACCUGGCUGGAGCAAGAUGCCCUCCCCACUAGCGGUGCCUGGACCUCUGGCGUCGACAAUUGGGCACCAGAUGUCAAGAGGAUGCCGCCAGAGUCGCAGAGUCUUUACAUCAUGACGUACUCGGGUGAGCUGGCGAGCGAUACGGCCCACCACUGUGUAGGCAUUGCAACCUCGCAUAACAUCGCGGGCCCGUAUACACCGCAGGACACUCCUGUCAUCUGCCCCGAUGUUGCCAGCACGGGUGGCGCCAUAGACUCUUCCAUGUACUAUGAUGAGCCCAAUAACAAGCGUUACCUUGUCUACAAGGAGGACGGCAACAGUGUAGGCAACGGAGGAGACUGCGGAAACAGCGUAGCCCCCGUCCACGCCACCCCCAUCAUGCUCCAGGAGAUGGACGUCAACGACUGGAUCACCCCCGUAGGCGAACCCGUCGAGCUUCUCGACCGCGAGUCCGAGGAUGGCCCGCUUAUUGAGGCGCCCUACAUCAUCGGCACCUCCGACGGCCACUAUAUCCUCUUCUACAGCAGCUGGUGCUUCACCGACCCGGCCUACGACGUCAAGUAUGCCGUCGCCACCAGCAUCACGGGCCCGUACACGCGCAUGGGCGAGCUGCUGGCCACGGGCGACUAUGGACUCACGAGCCCUGGUGGCGCGAGCUCGGACCCCGGCGGCAGUGUGCUGCUGUUCCAUGCCAAUUGCGAUGCUGGGCGGUGUCUGCAUACCGUGGACAUUACUAUCUCGGCUGGGGUCGUCACUGUUACUUCUUGAUUUCUUCUUCUUCUUCUUCUUCUUCUUCUUCUCUGGAAAGUUGAUGGUUGCUGAUAUGCUUUCCUUUAUUUUUUGUUUAUUUUUCAUAUGUAUCACGUGAGGGUGCUGCUCUGGAAGUAUUUACUUGUGUGGGAUAAACGUUCAUGACUGUCAUGAUUUUGCCGUUGCUUUUACUGAUCCAGAUACCCCGGACUUUCGUUUUAGGUGGAUAGACACUCGAGAUGAGGACGAUGCAGUUGUUACUUUAUACUUUCUUAGCAAAUUUCUGUUGAGCUCAAAGACAAUUUGUGGCACUGAUUAUGAUGAGCUCAAAAGAAGCCGGGGAGGGCACUUUGUCAGAUAAAAAAAAAAAAAUUAAGCAAGAAAAAAAGUAAAUACUAGAGGUAAAGAUAUAUCUAUU